AAAAACAAGUUAAGAAAUGCACGGAAUGUAAAAUGUUCUAUUCUUCCUGAGUUAAACUUUAAACUUGAACUCAGGUUCAAAAAGUAGGUCACCAACUGUAGAAGGUCUAACCUAUGUAUUCAGAUAAGGCAGACUUUAGACAGGUAUUAGGGUCAAAUUAUGUGACUGUAUAAGCUGCCGCCAUGGUCGACUACAGUGUGAACGGCUCUGUUGCACUUUUGCUUGUUAAUAAUCCGCCUGUCAACGCCCUCAGUCAUGCUGUCAGAAAAGGACUUGCUGAUGGGAUGUUGAAGGCGGAAAAGGACAGAAAUGUCAAAGCUAUUGUAAUAGCAGGAAAGGGACGAACAUUUCCUGCUGGAGCAGACAUAAGGGAGUUUAGCAGACCAAAAAGAGAGCCAUGGUUAACUAGUGUGGGCAACAACAUUGAGAGCAGCAGAAAACCAGUGGUGGCAGCUAUCCAUGGCACAUGUCUAGGAGGUGGUCUGGAGGUGGCACUCUUCUGCCACUACAGGGUGGCACUCAAGUCUGCAAAGGUUGGAUUUCCAGAAGUAGCUCUUGGAAUCCUACCUGGUGCAGCAGGGACCCAGAGAUUGCCUCGUGUUACCGGGUUACCAAUUGCAUUUGAUAUGAUAACAUCAGGACGCCAUGUUUCAGCAGACCAGGCUAAAAAGUAUGGAAUUAUAGAUGAGGUUUUUACUGGUGAUAUAGUGAAUUCAGGCAUAAAGUAUGCCUUGAGUAUGGUAGGAAAGUCUACAAUUCCAAGAAGACUACGAGCUGUACAAGUGCCAGGAGGAGAAAAUGUCCAGGAAUAUGCUGAUGCUGCGAUGGCUCAGGUGAAAAAGAAAUACAAAGGAUACCAGGCACCAGUGUACUGUGUAAGAGCUAUUAAAGCAUCCGUUGAAAAACCUUAUGAUUUAGGAGUGAAAAAUGAGGAAACCUUGUUCAAAGUUUUGGGGCAGUCUGGCCAGGCACGUGCUCAACAGUAUGCUUUCUUUGCCGAGAGAUUGGUGGGCAAGUGGCAAAUGCCAGGUGGUAACUCUGAAACAGCCAAACCUCUUCCAGUACGGUCCACUGCUGUCAUCGGUGCUGGGACUAUGGGGUCGGGGAUUGCUGUUUGUAUCCUCAGUGCUGGACUUCCCUGUUAUCUGGUGGAGCAGAAUGAAAAAUUUCUGAAUAAUGGUGUGAAAACUAUAAAGGCCUUGAUGGAGGGAAGUGUGAAGUUGGGCAAGAUAUCAGUGGAGGUUGGGCAACGUGCUGCAUCUCUCCUCAAACCCACCAUGAGUUACGAUGACCUCACCGGUGUCGACCUGGUUAUAGAGGCUGUCUACGAGAAUUUAGAUUUAAAGAAAGAAAUUUUUGCAAAGUUGGACAAAAUUUGCAAACCAAGUACCAUCUUGUGUUCCAACACCUCAAGUUUAGAUAUUGACAGAAUUGCCGUGGCAACCAAUCGACCUGAGAAAUGCGUGGGUGUUCAUUUCUUUGCCCCAGCCUACCAUAUGAAACUGUUGGAGAAUAUCUACAGUACACGGACAUCACCAGUUACCGCUGCCACAGUGAUGAAACUGGGCAAGACCAUCGGGAAGGUUCCAGUUCUCGUGAAAUCCUGCCAAGGGUUCCUUGCUAAUAGAAUGAAUACACCAUAUGGAACAGAAGCAACAUUCCUAGUGGAGGAGGGGGCCCUGCCAUGGGAGGUGGACCAGGUGAUGGAGGACUUUGGGAUGCCUAUGGGGCCCUUCAAGGUCCGCGAUCUGUCAGGAUUGGACAUCAAUGUGAAAAUAACUGAAGAGAUCGCAAAGACGUUUGGCAUUAAACUUACAGAUGAGACUCGCUUUGUGGGUGGAAACCGUUAUAGUCAUCUCAAUGCCACCCUAGUAAAUAUGGGUAGACUUGGCAGGAAAUCUGGUAAAGGCUGGUACAAGUAUGAGAAGGCUGGAGGGAAAUUAGCCACUGUAGAUGAUGAGGUGAUUUCUGUGUUAGAAAGACACUGCAGGAGGCUAGGGAUGGAAAGGCGCACCGUCUCCUCACAGGAGAUUAUAGAGAGGCUGCUGUAUCCUUGUAUAAAUGAAGGCUUCAAAAUAUUGGAAGAAGGCAUUGCAAAACGGCCAGAAGAUAUUGAUAUCAGUUGGUUAUACGGCUUCACCUUUCCAAAGUACCUAGGAGGUCCCAUGUACUACGCCAGUCAGGUGGGGCUGGACCGCAUCUAUGACAGGAUUUGUCACUACCAUGAAGCAUUCCCAUACAGCAAGCACUGGGUUCCUAGUCUACUGUUACGGAGGCUUAGUGAGCAGAAUAUUCCAUUGUCACAAUGGAUGGCCAGUCCUGGCGCCAAGCUAUAAAUCACAAGAUAUUAAUGAACAGGCUCUAGAUCAUCGGAGGUCAAGCUUCAAGCCUCUUGAGGUCAAGGGUCAUUGCAUAGGAAACUGAAGGGUUAAACCCUAGGUCGCUGGAGGUCAAGGCUGGAAUUCCAACGUGCAAUUAUGUUAUAAGAAUACUGAAGCAAGGAUUACUUGCUUAACAAAAAAUUUCAUUGGUGUUUAACAAAACUGUAUUGACUACCGUGAUCAAUGUUAUCAUUCAACUUACCUUAAUUCCUGUCAUACAUUAUCAGGAUAUGGUUUGGAGAUAUGUUUGCAUCACUUUUUUAUCCAGGAACUGUACUCAGAUUUUAUUUUCAGUCUCAGAUUACAAUCAAUUGAAUUACAUGUCAACUUAUCUCGAAAUUCAGGGAAAAUUUACUGUACAUUAAUCUUUCACUGUGAUUGUAUAGUUUUGAUGACAUGUUUAACUGUUCAAAAUUUUAAUGACGCUUCAUUUUGUUUUUUUUUUUUUUUUUUGCCUUUAACGUGUUCCAAACUUGACACUCCUACUCUAAACAUCAGUAUUUAUACCCUGUAUUUUACAACAAUCGUAAAGCUGUAUCUUAUAUCAAUCACUGUUGUUGACCCUCAUGGAAGCUUGUGAAGGUCCAAACCUUGUAUGGAGUAUCUGGUGAAAAGCUAUGUGGCCUGGCAGGUGAACAAUAUACUUUCUCUCAUCUAAUUGGGUAAUCAUACCUCCAUCACCUAGGUGAAAGGGGAGUGUUUACUACUUCACCACCUAACCACCUAACAUGGGUAUAAAAAUGCUAGGUCAUUUUGACCCUUGUUGUGCUGAUGUUAUUUUUGUAUUGAAUGAAGUGUCUUGUUUAUGUGAGCUGAUUAAAACAGGUGAUUGGCCUCUAGCAUUAAUGUAUCUUUACGAUAAAAAAACUGGAUAAAUCGGUCCACAGAUCACAUCAAUGAAUAACAUAUCAAUGCGAUUUCUGAUCUAAUGUUGGAGAUUUUCUUUAUUUAAGAUAUUGCAACAUAAAUCUAUUUUUUUAUGUUAUGGUGCAGCUUUAGAUUGUAUGUUAUUCUGUUGUUGAUUUGGAAUUGUUUAAU